UGUCUUGAAAGUUAAUUUUGGUAUCGCAACUGUUCUUAAUUCGCAUUUCGCACUUAUGAAUUUGAGUUUCCUUUAAUUCGGAUUUGUCUUGAAUGUCUGCUGCUCCAUUUUGCAACGUGUAUGAUAAUGAUUUCCCAAUCACCCUACGUUGAUAUUUUCUGAUGCUCAUGUUUUGAGAAAUUUUAUGAGAAUACAUAGGCAAAAUGAGCACGCACUUCUCCUCAUCCUCCGUGUCCCAUGCCUCCGAGUUCUCCUCAUCUGACUUUGCAGAGGAGAGUACUUGUGAAGAACAGGCGGGACUGUCUACGAAAUCGUCGGUGAACAAGAAAGGCAACAAGAAAUACAUUGCCAGGAACGCAGAAACUGGUUCGACCAUCUCCCACCCAGGGUACUACACAGCAGAAGCAGAACUAGGACACAGCGCCGAGGAAUUUGAGUAUUUACACGUUUUUGGUUGAUGAAAAUGAAAAUGAGAAGGAGGUAUAGCAAAGCAAUGCAAUGCAGCCGAAAUAACUGGAAUUCUUUUGACGGGAUUUUUGCAUUCUUACCAUUCUAAAAAAACUCAAACAGUUCGUGGACCGUAGAAGCGGGGGAAGGCCUGCGCGGGAGGGCAGCCGCUGCGGCAGAGGCGGAGGGAGAAGCUCCGAUCCACCAAACGUACUACGGCCACCACAUCAACCACAACAUGGCAAACCAGGAGGGAAAACGGGAAGCGAGGCCCGACGAUUGGGGCGGCAUGGAGAAACCAAAAUGCCCUGCGUUCGUCACCAUGGGCGCUGUCUUCCUCGUCAUCAGCUUUAUCUGGGGAACCUAUUUCUGGCUCCACACACUCAGACUAAACAGGGUCACAAAUCUUGGGGGAAGCGAAAGAGUACUGAUUUGUUGUUUGGCACAUUUGCUAAGUUAAAGUUUGUAAGUUGGAAUUUUCUCAGCCUCAGGGCAUUAGUCACCACUUUUUCGUUCGCGCUGUGCCUGAAAGAAAUUACUGUGAAACAGGACUUCAUCAUCAAUUGCACCGCGAUCGCGAACGUGCUGACUGCGUUUCUUCUCGCGCACUACUGGAUCGCGCACUGCACCAAGGCGGGGUCCAUCCCAAAGAAUUACAUCUGGGUCGAAGGCACUGCCCACCAUUGCCUAGAGACCAAGGGAGACGGCGACAAGAGGUAAUUACUUACAGCAAGUUCAACUUUGCACAAGUCUCAUCAAUCAGCAUUGAUUAUAGUCCAUUUUUUGGCGAGCGAAAAAGAAAAAUUUCUCAGUUGCAGUACGUGACCUGAUGGUUCUUUUGCGGUCUUGCUACUCCUGCCACUUCAAAAAAAAAAUCCGCUCUUCCCAGGUAUUGUAAGUGGUGCGAGGUUUACAAACCCGACCGUGCGCACCACUGCCGCAUUUGUGGCGAGUGCGUCCUGCGGAUGGAUCACCACUGUCCGUGGCUGGGGAACUGCGUCGGUUUCUACAAUCACAAAUACUUUAUUAACACGGUGAUUUUCGGCAUGCUGUCCGCCUGGUUUAUGUUCGGAUCCAUGAUUCCGACCACCAUGAAGGAGUUCGACCGGUUCAAAGCAGGGGGCCCGGACAAGCAGGACGCGCUGUUCUACUUCGUGUUCUGCAUGAUUGUCCAGGCGGUGCAGGGCUUCGUCGCGGUGGUGCUGACGGGGUUCUUGAUUUUCCACCUGCACCUGAUGUGCCGGGGGAUGACCACGAUCGAAUUCUGCGAGCGUCGCCGGUCCGAGACCGCGGUGGACUACAGCAACGGCUGCUGGGGCAACUACACCGCCGUGUUCGGCGAGAACCCGAUCCUGUCCUGUUGUCCCUGCCCCUGCGCGCCCUGCGCGAAACCCAAAGGGGACGGAACCCGGUUUCGCGGCCGCUUGACCGGGCCGCCGGUGGUAGAAGGCCAGUGCAUCGAAGCCGGCUCCUCCAGCGAAGAUGAACUGCUUUACGCGCCCAUGCAGGGCGGAACGAUCUGA